CUUAAACAAAAACACAACAAACGUCACACUUUCUGUCUCUUUCUCUUCCUCCCUUUGUUUUUCAAACCCUUUAAAACCACUAUUCUUCCACAAACUCAAAAUCCCAUAUUCCCCUUUUCGUCGUUACUAUGUCAAACACCGAAACCACACCGGACCAACCCUCCACUCCACCGCAAGCGGAGGCUCCGCCGCAGCCAGACCCCUCCGCAGCUCUUUCCUUCACCAUAUGGCCCAUCACCAUGCGCACCCGCGAUGCCAUCGUCAACCGCCUCAUCGAGACCCUCACCACCUCCUCCGUACUCUCCGAAGGCUACGGCACUCUCUCAUCCGACGAAGCCUCCGCCGCCGCUCACCAGAUCGAGGGGGAAGCCUUCUCCGCCGCGACCUCCGCCGAUGGCAUUAAGACCCUCCAGCUCUACUCCAAGGAGAUCAGCAAGCGCAUGCUCGACACUGUCAAGACCUCCGCCGUAGAGGGCGUCGCCACUGUCGUCUCCGAAUAACCUUUGUUCUGCGAGAUUGUAGAAGUGGAAGAUCCGCGGAUGUAAAAUUACUUGCUCUGGCUUAUUCGGAUUCGUAUGAAAAUUUUUCACUUUUCUAACUUUAUAGUCUCUUUUGAGUGUAGGCAUGCUUUUGUUGCAUCAACUUAUGGUAAUAACAGUAAAGAUAAAUUUAGAUAUAUUUCCAUUCGGCCUUUA